ACACACACAAACAAAGAAAAGAUGAUCAUCGUUGCUUUAUCUUAGAUCCUCACUUUCUUCAUUGUUGCUACAUAAUCUACCCAAAAAUUUAACUUCAGAUAACUAUUCUAUUCCAUUUGUGCUUCAACUUCCUGAGGAUCAUAUUCUCUAUUAAAAAACAAUAUCAUAUCAAUGUCUGACCCAGUCUCACUACUGGCAGGACCUAUAAUCACAAAGAUUGUAGAUUUAGCAGUUGCCUUUGGCAAAAACAAGUAUGAUCAAAUCUAUGGGGUCGAAGGUGAGAUCGAAAAGCUAACGAGCAACUUAAGCUCCAUUGCAUCAGUGCUUAGAGAUGCUGAACGUUGCUGUUCAGAUUCAAAAUCUGAGCAAUUAGCAGAUUGGCUAACAAAGCUUAGAGAUGCAGCUCUUGAUGUGGAGGAUAUACUGGAAACUUAUGCUACUGAGGUUGCAAUGAGAGAAAAGCAAAAAAAUCUUGUCUCAGUUUCAUGGCUUUCCUCUCGAUCAGAUGCUGCAAAUAAAAUCAAAAAGAUUGUGGCAAGGAUCGACAUAAUCUCCCAAGAAAAGGCUAAAUUCCAUUUCAGGCCUGAAGACUAUGGUGGAACAGAAUGGAAGCCUCAACCCACUAGAAUUGGCUUGCGUGAGAUGAGUUUCCUACGGGACACGACAGAUAUUGUUGGCAGGGAGGAAGAGCAAGAAGAGGUUGUCAGCUGGUUGCUCUCGGAAGAAGAGUCUGACAGCAAUGGACGUGUCCCUGUUUUGCCUAUCAUAGGAAUGGGAGGCCUCGGGAAAACAACACUAGCUCAACUAGUGUAUAAUGAUGAGAGGGUCUAUAAUAAGAAAAAUGAGGCGUGCCAUUUCAAGGUUGCUAUUUGGGUUAAUGUCUCAGUGGAUUCAAGUUUCGAUAGGAUACUCAAGGAAAUGGUUGAAAUUCUUACAGAGAUGAGACAUGAUAUGAUUCCUCGGAGCUCAAUCCAGUCUCGUAUCCUAGAAGUCCUGGAUGGAAAACACUUCCUACUAGUACUCGAUGAUGUAUGGGUUGAGAAACUAGAUUGGGAACCUCUUCAAGAGUUCCUGAAUUUAUGUCCAAAAGGAAGUAAAAUCUUGGUUACCAGUAGAAAUGGUAAUGUCGGAAAGAUUAUGGGUGCAAUUUGUACACAUACCUUAGGCCACUUGUCAGAGGAGCGUUGCUGGGACUUGUUCAAGAAGAGAGUCUUUCUAGGUGAAUCAUAUUCAAAAGAUUUAGAAAAGAUAGGUAGAGAAAUCAUCCGUAGGUGCAACUUCCUCCCUCUAGCAGUGAAGGCAAUGGCGAGUCUGUUGCGUGGCAUUGAUGAUAUCACUAAAUGGCAGAGAAUCUUAAGAAAUGGCAUUUGGGAAUCAGAGCAAUCAAAUCUUGGAAAUGGGGCUCCAAACAUUUUGCCCUCUCUCAAGUUGAGUUAUGAUCAUCUCCGUCCUCAACUAAAGCAGUGUUUUGCAUUCUGUUAUAUAUUCCCGAAGGGCUAUAUGUUUGAUAAAAAGGAUCUGGUCAAACUGUGGAUAGCUGAAGAUUACAUCCAGCCGAGUGGAGAAGACAAGAUGGAAGAAACUGGAAUUGAUUAUUUUGAUGAGUUGCUAACUCGGUGCUUCUUUCAGUUCUUAAAUAUCGACAACAAGGAGAGGUAUAAGAUGCACGAUCUAAUGCAUGAUCUAGCGAAAUCUGUCUCAAGUGCUUGCCAGCAAGUCGAGGAAAACAAACCUAGCUCUAUUGAACAGACAUCGCGGCAUAUAUCAUUUCUCUGUAAAGAUGUUCAGACACCUGUGAUAGAGAUGCUAAAAGCUAAGAAGCUGAGAACUCUACUGCUACCGAACAACUACCCUAGAGAUUUUGGCCAAGCUCUUGACAAGAUGUUUCGUGCCUUCAGAUACAUGCGAGUUUUAGAUCUCAGUUCAAGCAACAUAGUUGAUUUGCCAAAAUCGAUAGGAGAUCUAAAGUUGUUGCGUUACCUCGACUUAUCAAAAAAUGAGAUAAGGUUUCUUCCUAACACCAUUUGCAGCCUCUACAAUUUGCAGGUACUUAAACUCCUGGGGUGUCUUUGGCUUCUCGAAUUGCCAAAGGAACUUGGAAACCUUAGAAAUCUUCGAUUUCUAGAGCUAGAUGAGAUGUUUUUGUACAAGUGUUCUACAUUCCCUCCAAAAAUUGGAGGCUUAAUUAAUUUGCACAAUUUCCACUCUUUCCAUGUUCGACAUGAGCGUGGAUAUGGAAUUGAAGAGUUGAAGAUGAUGAACAGUCUAGAAGGUACACUACACAUUAGUAAGCUUGAAAAUUCGACUGAUGCAAAGGCAGCAGAGAUGAAACAGAAGGAAGGGAUUACUAAGUUGAUACUUGAAUGGAGCAAGGAGGAUGUUGAUCCACAAGAUCAAACGGCGCAAGAGCGAGUCCUUGAAGAUCUUGAACCUUAUCAAAACCUUCGGGAACUUCACAUACAUCAGUACAAAGGAAUUAGAUUUUCAAGUUGGAUGAGUAAUGCAAUGCUCCAGAAUUUGUACAAGAUCUCCUUAAAUCAUUGUUUGCAGGAACUCCCACACAUCUUCCCAAAUCUCAGGGUCAUGAAAAUCAAGCAAUGUGAUGCACUAAAGGCUCUGUCGGUGAUGCCACAUGUGAUGUUUUUGACCCUCAGCAACAAUGCCUUGCUAGAAGAUUGGAGAGAAGCACAUAUGCACAUUGUCCAAAGGAAACGUGGAAUUCAAGAUGUCCAUUCAGAACGAUAUUCAUACAUGGCUCUUCUAGAAUUGAAAAUUAUCAAUUGUCCGAGACUAAAAGAACUGCCACGAAUGUUUUCCCCUCAGAAGUUGCAGAUAAGUAGGAGUGCUCUUAUAAGAACACUUCCAACCCCACAACACAGCCAACGUCUUCAGUGUCUGGAACUAGAUAAAUGCAAUGGUUCAAGCCUCAUCGAAUCAAUACCGAGCACAAACUCGUUGUACUCACUGAUAAUUUCCAACAUCACCAACCUGACCUCAUUACCCAAAUUACCACAUCUUCCUCAGCUACAAGCUUUGUAUAUCCACAACUGCCAGGAUCUUGUGUCAUUAUUACAUCCAGAUGGUACAUUGCAACACCUCACUUCCCUCAAGCUUCUCUCCAUUUCAGGAUGUGAAAAGCUCGCGGCAUUUCCAGAAGAGGGGCUCCCAACAUCAAUCGAAUACCUGAGUAUUCAGAACUGCUCAAGGCUGCAAUCUUUUCCUACAACAAACUAUCUAGCAAGCCUUACAUCACUUAAGGAUCUACACCUGGAGGACUGUGCAAAACUUGAAUCAUUGCCGGCAGAUGGACUUCCCCCCUUGCUCCAGCAUUUAAGCAUUCAAGGAUGUUGUCCACUCUCACAAGAAUGCAACAAGGAUGAAGGGGGAAAGUAUUGGCAGAUGAUCAGUCAUGUUGCGGAUUUGGAGCUUGACUCUAUCAUGGAUCCUGCACCAGAAUCAUUUAUUGGUCCUAAGAAAGGUUACUUUGCUUGUCUAAAAAGCAAAUAAAGCUUUUCCCCAUAUAGUUAAAGCCAAAGUGUAAUCAGCCUGUAGAAAUGGCAAAGAUAAACAUACCUUAAGAGACAAACUACAUACACUGUCUGCAGCUUCAUACAUGUACGAUUUAUCAUGUGUAUGAAUUUCACUCGAAGAAGGAAGUUAUUUUAGAUCCUUUUUGAUGUAAUAUAUUCCUUAAUUCUAAUGUAAUUAUGUUUAUAGUA